AUGCUUUCCUCGCUCAGAAUCGUGUCGCGGCGGGCGGCCGUGACCCGCAACUUUGCGGCAGUUCGUGCGGCGUCGACCUGGGCGAAUGUCCCUCAAGGUCCUCCUGCCAUUCUCGGUAUCACGGAAGCCUUCAAGGCCGACAAGUUCGAGAAAAAGAUCAACCUCGGCGUUGGCGCCUACCGCGAUGACAAGGGAAAGCCCUACGUGCUGCCAUCUGUGCGCCAAGCCGAGGAGAAGGUGAUUGCAUCCCGCAUGAACAAGGAGUAUGCCGGCAUCACCGGUGUGCCUGAGUUCACCAAGGCUGCUGCCGUGCUCGCCUACGGCAAGGACAGCUCGGCCCUCGAUCGCCUGGCUAUCACGCAGUCCAUAUCGGGCACGGGCGCCCUGCGCAUCGGCGGCGCUUUCCUCCAACGUUUCUUCCCCGGCGCCAAGACCAUCUACAUCCCCACGCCGUCGUGGGCCAACCACGCCGCCGUCUUUAAGGACUCGGGCCUGCAGGUUGAGAAGUACGCCUACUACGACAAGGACACCAUCGGCCUCGACUUUGAGGGCAUGAUCGCCGACAUUAACAAGGCCCCCAACGGCAGCAUCUUCCUGUUCCACGCGUGCGCCCACAACCCGACCGGCGUCGACCCCACCCCGGAGCAGUGGAAGCAGAUCGAGGGGGCCGUCAAGGCCAAGGGCCACUUCUCCUUCUUCGACAUGGCCUACCAGGGCUUCGCCAGCGGCGACAUCCACAAGGACGCCUUUGCGGUGCGCUACUUUGUCGAGCAGGGCCACAACAUCUGCCUGGCCCAGUCGUUCGCCAAGAACAUGGGCCUGUACGGCGAGCGCAUCGGCGCCUUCUCCAUGGUGUGCGCCGACGCCGAGGAGCGCAAGCGGGUCGACUCGCAGAUCAAGAUUCUUGUUCGCCCGCUGUACUCGAACCCGCCCAUCCACGGCGCCCGCAUCGCCGCCGAGAUUCUCAACACGCCGGCCCUGUACGAGCAGUGGCUGGUCGAGGUCAAGGAGAUGGCCGACCGCAUCAUCACGAUGCGCGCCCUGCUCAAGGAGAACCUCGAGAAGCUCGGGUCCAAGCACGACUGGAGCCACAUCACCAGCCAAAUCGGCAUGUUUGCCUACACGGGCCUGACGCCCGAGCAGAUGGACAAGCUGGCCAAGGAGCACAGCGUCUACGCCACCCGCGACGGCCGCAUCUCGGUCGCCGGUAUUACGAGCGACAACGUCGGCCGCCUGGCCGAGGCCAUCUUCAAGGUCAAGGGUUAAAGGGUCUAGGAUUGAGAAGACGGGGGAGUUGGUGUAAUGGAUUGCAAGCGGUGGCUGACUGAUGGUUUCACCGGUUGAACUUGAUCUGUUCCUGCAUGUGCAUGUUGCAUCUCGCGUUGCUAGACCAUAUUCCCUUCGAUGAUCGACACGCUGAUACAGGGGUGGAUGAACCGGGGGACCAGGUGUUUGCAUGUACAGCAGAAAAGUCCCUCGGCUUAGUGCAAGGAUAUACGACAUGUUUAGAGCAAGAAAUGUGAUUGACCAUACAACCUGUAACCUAACACAAGACACACAGGACGCGUCAGUCAUGUUCAACAGACGGCCGAGCUUCUG